AUGCGGCCGGCUCGAUCACUCUCGAAACAUGUCCGCCGCCCAUUUAAAUCCCAUGUCCCAACCAAAGACCCGGAGAUCUUCACCAACAGUCUCGAAAAGACCCUAGGCGCUCAUCGCGACGCCAACCGGGCGGGUCUUAUUCGCAAGAUCUAUCCUCGUGAGCCGUCGCCAGCGAUUUGGAGGCCACAGCUCCGCCCAGAUGUUUAUGCGGGCUACAGUCCACCGACAACAGCUGCUUCAUCCAUUCUAGAAAACCCGGAGCCAGGGCCAACUGCGGUCAAGCCGGAGAGCAAGGCGCGACGCCGCAAGAGGAAAGACCUGCAUACUCCGGUCUCGCGCUUAUCCUCUCAACGACCUACUUUUGACUUGAUUCACGCCGUGUAUCCUGGACAAAGUCCCUGGCUAGCAUAUGUCGAGCAGUCCCCUGCUCACGACAAAGCUACGGCACGUCUGGAUGCCGAGAUUCGCGCGUUGGACCAACACCUGGCCCUACGCCCCUGCGAACAAAAAGCGAUCGAGCAACUGAGUUUGGAUGUGGGAAAUCUCCUGGAAAGGCAUAUUUUGUCUGCAGAUCCACCGACAGGACUUUCUUUGGCUGCCAAGUCCAUGCGAAAGUCUUUCGAUGUCAAACCCCAAAUCACCAAUUCUCGUCGCACAGGGCUGGCGAUGCCGCAUUCAGGUGCUCACUUUGUCUUCCCCGUCAAAUGCCGGGAAGGGUCAGGACGGUCAUCUGUGUUGACUGCUCACCUGAAUCCAUGCCUACGCCUCGUUGAACAUGUUUUACGGACCAGCUCCACAUUUGACCAGGUUCAGUUUGUCCGAAAAUCAGUACCCAUACUCUCAGCGCGGCACCAAAAAACCGGUCUACAGAUUCGGUUUUCCUUUGGACACUUUCCUCGUCUCAUGGACGAGUAUCUAAAAACCUCUCAUGCCGAGUUCCCCUCCCUGCGACCCCUGUAUGCCGCGACUCGCAUCUUACUGGAAGCACGCGGUCUCUUUGGACCUGCAAACUCGGGAAUUGGAGCCAACGCGCUUGCUGUGUUACUCGUUGCAUUCCUCAAGAUGAACCACGACCGGUUCGUGGGUUCUCAUCGCCUAGGUGAGCAACUGCUCGCAUUCCUACAUCUCUACGGAUCAGAAGUCGACCUCCAAACCAUCGGGAUUGCUGCGGAUCCCCCGGGUUUCUUCGGGGCACAGAAGAUGCGCCGUCCUAAGCAAGGCGAGGAACCUGCCUUCCAUCGCGGCCAGCGAUCGAUUAUGAAUGCAAGGUCCACGGUUGCCACAAAACAGAAUAUCCGCUUUUUGUGUAUCCAGGACCCGACCCAGUUCAUGCGUAAUUUGGGCCGGUCGUGUGCACGCGUCGCCGAGCUGCAAGAUGCUUUCGCGGCUUCUCAUGAAUCGCUUCAACGUGCGUGCGACGAUUGGCCCUCUCGUCAGGGGGAGAGCCAAUUCAGUAUCCUGGCGCCCGCGCUGCAGGCCAACUUUGAUGAACUCGAAAUUUUUCGAGAACAGGUCGCAUCCUCGACGGAUGUCGGUCUUGAAUGA